AGCAGGCUUAACGGUAAAGGAGGCGCAACAGCCGGAGACGUAGAUGUCGUUUAGCCGAGAUGCGUUCGCGUUCGCCUUCGCCUGUCGUCCGUUGGUCCUGUCUGACUGCUGUUCGGCCGCCAUCGGCUAUUUCUGGCCACGGCCACGCACUCGCGUCACAACAAUCGUCCAGUCAGCACGUGCAGCAAGGAGCGCUGCUGCUCUCGACUUGUCCUCGGUUUUUGCAUUUACAAUUUGCAUUGGCCCAAGCAAUCAAUUGAAACAUAGUAAAAUCAUAUACACAAAAACGCAUCGGUUAAAAGUUAACUAAUUAAUUGAGAGGCGUGCAAUUGCAACAAGUUGGGUGCCAGACAGCACGGCCCACCCACAGCCGCUGGCCCAGCGACUGACCUUGGCCUAGUUGGCCCCGCGCACAGCAACAGCCACAGUCACAGCCACUUAAGGGUUAAUUGCAUUUGCCUGCCUGCAGCUGCAGCACAUGGUUGAGGAGGUUGGCUGCUUGAGACAAACUGGCGGCAUCGGCAUUCUCGCUGGCAUGCCCACUCCGAGCACUUCGUCUGCAACUGGCAGCACAGCUGCCGUCGCUGCCGGUGUCUCCGGUCCAAAUACCGCAACUGGGACCAACCAUCAUCAGCACCAGCAGCAGCAUCAGCACCAGCAGCAGCAGCAGUUCCAUCAUCAUCAUCAUCAGCAUCAGUUGGCCAGCAAUAUGAGCAUGCUGAAUGUGAAGAGCGGCGCUGGCGGUCGCUAUUUGUGGACAGAUCGAGAGCUGCUCAUGCAUCUGCAGAAUUAUACGCCGCUCAUACUGCUCAUCGAUUUUGUGGAGAAGACGCGCACCAAGCGCUUCUAUGAGAGCUCCGAACGCUACGAGAUACUCAUGCUGGUGUUCAUUAUGCGCAAGGGUGCGCCAUUUUGUGAGAAUAAACGCUUUCCGGCCGAAUAUUGGGUGAAUCUGUCCGUUGGCCCCGUUGCCGAGGCCUUUGAUCGUCUCCAGGCGGCCAUCGAUAUACCCGAUCCCCAGCUGCCCAUACACAUGAGCGUCACGGAUUUGACCACAUGGAAGGAGAUGUUCGAUUCCGCGAUGAUUGAUAUACGCCGCUUUGCUUACCACACCGAUCCCAUGCAGCUGGCCGAUGUGGGUGUCUACAAUCGCAUCACGUUCGAGCAGCGCUUUGCCAUGCAGUGGCAGGAGUAAAUCUUGAAACCUUGAAGCUGUGGGACUGUUCUGUGGGUCUGGCGCACGGUUGCCAAAAUUGUAUGCGAAUAUAACAAAAAUAGUGUACGCAUUUUUUCUCUAUUUCUUUUUAUUUAUUUGAUUGUAUUUAUUGCUUUUUGAGGUUAUGUUUUCUUUUUUUUAAGGUUAGGUUCGAUUUUUAGCUUAUUUAUUAGAUUAAUAAGACAUGAAGCUAUGAAACAUAUUGCACAUUUAAGUAAAAUAAUCGCAUUUAUGCGUUUUUCGUAAGGCAACCGUGAAUAGGUGUACUCCGAUUCAAAUUCAAAUCAUAUAUAUAUGUAUGUCUAUGCAUGAGUAUUAGUAUGUGUACAUGUAUUAGUGAGUGUUUGUUGCAAAAAAAAAAAAAAAAAAAAAAAAUGUCCAUGUGCUGUAAAUGUGAGUUUGAAGUUUAGACACAUCUUGAUGAUGAUACAUAUAUAUAUAUAUAUAUAGAUACUACAUGGUACCUGCACCUAGAGUUCACACCAUACGCACACACACACACUCUCACACACAACUGAGUUAGUUGUUGGGUUAUGCAUAGAGGAAUUUAUAUACUGUGCCUUGCCUCACUCUCUUCUUCUCGCAGAUCUCUUCACCAUGAUCCAUGUCGAGCUCAACCCGAGCAUCUGGUACCACAUCCUAACCUCAAAUCGAUUUCCUUUUGUUUACAUUUAGACUAUACAGAAGAUAUAUAUAUAUAUAUACGCAUGUGUAUGCCAUAUUGAUGCUUUAUUGGAAAAUAAAUGUUAUUUAUUGUUGACUAGCAUAACAGCAUAGCUCACGAA